AUGAUCCUGGAGAACCGGCAGGCAUUCGUAGACUUUGUUGUGUUUGACAGGUUUGCGCUGCGACGGGAAAAAAGAGCAGCCGAGACUCCCCCACCCUCAUCUCACCGCCCUCCGGGGAUCGCUCCUACCGCCUGCCUGUUCCAUGUACACAUCCCCCUUUCCGCCCUUGUGGUCAAGCCUCGUCGCCUUUCCCGAUCAACCUCCCCGGGACUCGGAGUCCCCAGUCUUUUGCGCUUGCAAAAAAGACCCGUGGUCAAGGAUGCUGCCAAGUCGUCGCGAGGCCGUCCCGGGCGUGUAGCCAUAUCUCACAGCAUGUCACGCGCCUCGGCCGGGUUUGCGGAUUUUUUCCCCACCGCGCCAUCAGUCCUUUCGCAGAAGCGUGGCAAGGUUAGAGAUCGGCGAGGCAAGAGUGACGAUGGCGAGUUCCAGCCGUUUGAUUCCCCAACAUCGACCGGGCCCGGAGCAGCCGCGACGGGCGGGGCGUCAUUCAAUGGCGCUGCGGCUGGGAAGACAGAUAUCGGCCAAUGCUCAUCGGCCACGCCGGCGGGGGAGUCGCUCAGUCAUAAGGAUCUCAAUGGAUCAUGGCCGCCGGCCGUCGUCGACUCCCAUGCCCCAUCUCAAACCGACACGUUAACCCCCCUCACCAACACAGAAUCGUCUUCACCACGGAAAUCCACUGGCUCACCCAAAGCGAUGGGCCAGGCCCUUGGCCUUCGGGUCAAAGCAGAACCAACCAAACCCUCAGUCACCCCCGUUCACACCCCGCCGACCCCUCAAUCUCAAACGCGCCCGGAGACGGUGAUCAAGGGGCGUAAAAUCAUAUAUGACCCGGACCUGGACAAGCGACCGUCCAAGGAGAAGCGUCGCAAGCCAGAGUAUGCCGAGAUUAUCGCAGAUGGUCAGAAUGUGCCGCCGGAUCCCCGUUUGGCAAUUCCCAACUACACUCGUGGGUCAGGCUGCAAGCAAAAGACGAAAUAUCGACCGAUGCCAUACACAUUAAAACCAUGGCCAUACGAUCGGGCGACAAGCAUUGGGCCAGGCCCUCCCUCGCAGGUCGUGGUGACGGGCUUUGAUCCACUGACCCCCGUUGCCCCCAUCAGCGCGCUCUUUUCGAGCUUUGGUGAGAUCGCGGAAAUCAACAAUCGGACGGAUCCCAUAACUGGCCGAUUUCUGGGGAUUUGCUCAAUCAGAUACAAGGACAGUGUUUCCUUUCGUGGCACGGGACCCCUUUCAGCCCCCGCCGCGACGCGCCGCGCUUACAUGGAAUGCAAAAAGGAGCAGCGCAUUGGGACCCGCCGAAUUCGCGUUGACCUGGAUCGAGAUGGAAUUGUGUCAGAGCGCAUGGCUUCGCGAGCGAUCGAGUCGCAACGCCUGGCCUCCAAGCCCGGACCCGCGGCCGUGGCCACCAUCGAAUCGAAACCGGCCGAAGUCCCUUCUAAGAAGAACGAACCUCCUCCCACUGCCCCCAAGGGUCCAUCCGGUCGUUCUGCCAUGCGUCCAGGAAUGAUCAUCCCAGAGGGACCCCGCGCGGGCAUUCGACCAUCGGCCGUCCCAUCCUUGGUCGAAGAAACUCCGAUUCUCAGCCAAAUAAAACGGGAACCCUACAUUUUCAUUGCUCACUGCUACGUUCCCGUUCUCAGCACCACCGUGCCCCAUCUCAAGAAGCGACUGAAACUAUUCGACUACAAAUCCAUCCGAUGCGACAAGACAGGCUACUACGUUAUAUUUCAUAAUUCUCGCGCCGGCGAGCAGGAAACCGAAAGAUGCUUCCGGCUGUGCCACAUGCAACCCCUCUUCACCUACAUCAUGAACAUGGAAAGUCAACCCUACGGCAACCCCAAUUACGUGCGCAGUCCGAGCCCCGAACGACUACUCGCCGAACAAAGAGAGAAAGCGGCUCAGGAGCGAGCGAGGAGAGAGGCCGAGCUGGACAUUGAGGAGGAGAAGAAACAGCGGGCCUUGGAUCUGGAUCCCUGUCGGGAGGUGUUGGCGGUGAUAAUCCGGGACUUGCGAGAUAAGCUGCUCGAAGAUGUCAAGUCCCGCAUCGCUGCGCCAACCUUGUACGACUAUCUCGAUCCCAAGCGCCACGCAGCUCGGCGUGAACGACUCGGGAUCGCUAGUCCCGAAGGUUCGAAGCGGCCAACUUUCCGAAUCGGAGUCAGUAGUUCAGUGGGCACUCCCGAUUCUCGAUCCGAAGUCUCCAAUCACCGCGAGGCUUCACGAUCCUCCAACCUCAAUGUGCUGGCUCUUCCGCGUAUACGAAAAGCUCACGGCCUCGACCGUGCAGGGGCGGCCUUUGUGGAUGAACGCCGUCGGCAGCCUCUCCGGCCCAGAGAGGUGCGCCCUCUCUACCAUCGACUGCAAGAACUGCACGAUGAUGAUGACUCCGAUGAGGAUCAGAGGACCCCCCUCACGCGAUACACGGAAGAUCGGAGUAGUCGGCCUCCCAGUCGUGCAACGUCUGUCUCAUCUGCCUCGGAGCCAGAUGAGGAGUACCCCUCUGAUAUCUUUGAUGAAGGUACUGCGACCGCGGAUGAUGCCUUGCCUGAAGAUGAAGUCCUUUCACCAGCCUCGCGGAAGAGGAAGCGCAUACCAGGAGAGGAUGAUUCUCGAAAACGGCAACGACACGACGAAGAGCUCUUUAGCGUCGGUCCUUCAGAAGACACGCUUGAAGAUGAACAUCCAGAGACACCGGGGGCCGUUACCGAGGGUAUCCUUGAGACGAAGCAAGAGGCAGUUGAGAUUCAGGACGAGCUGUCAAUUGCCGACAAGCUACUCGAGCCUCAUCACUCCGAGCUCGCCAGCAGCAAGGCCAUCCUGGACGAUGACAUUGCGGCUGACGAGCCCUGGGAGACAGAAGCUGAAGAGAAGCCCAAAGCUGAGAUCGACUGGGGAGUGUCUCAGCACGAGCCGCGGGCUACCGUUGAGGACGAUGAGAGUAUCAUUCUUGACUUGGAUGGCUGGCAACAGCUGGUCAAGGAUGAUGAAGACCUUCAAUUCCUCCGUGAAGUUCUGGUCGACCAUUCUGCUUCCAACGUCGGUGAUUUGAGCGCUUGGGCCUGGCGACAAAAGGAGAUCAAGGCCGUCAACUCAACGGACCCCAAGGGCCCUACCCGUGACAACGGAAGGUCGAAAGAGGAUCAUGGAGGCGGAGAAGUCCAAAUAUCUCCCCCAUCGGAUCAAAGUCCAAAAGGCCCCGAGGAGCGGGAGGCCUUGGCCAAAGCGGACCCGCAGGCUGCCGCUGCCGAGGCGGCCAGAGUUGCGGCCGCCAAGGUCAUCUCCAAGUCUUCCUCGCGAUCAAAUCGUGUCAACAAUCGGCGACUCAUUGCCGACAUCAAUGCUCAGAAGCAAGCCUUGCCCACGUCGAGCGGUGAAGGAGACGUUCUGCGCUUCAACCAGCUCAAGAAGCGGAAGAAGCCCGUACGAUUUGCGCGAUCCGCCAUUCACAAUUGGGGACUAUACGCCGAGGAGAAUAUCACUGCUAAUGAUAUGAUCAUUGAGUACGUCGGUGAAAAGGUACGGCAGCAAGUGGCGGACAUGCGCGAGCGCCGGUAUCUCAAGAGCGGAAUCGGAAGUAGUUACCUUUUCCGUAUCGAUGAGAAUACGGUGAUUGACGCCACGAAGCGCGGUGGUAUUGCGCGAUUCAUCAACCACAGCUGCACGCCAAACUGUACGGCCAAGAUCAUCAAGGUCGACGGGAGUAAGCGCAUCGUCAUUUAUGCGCUCCGGGACAUUGAACGAGACGAAGAACUUACCUAUGAUUACAAGUUUGAACGCGAAUGGGAUAGCGAUGAUCGCAUUCCCUGUCUCUGUGGUUCCACGGGGUGCAAAGGUUUCCUCAACUGA